GAAGGUGUGAGAGGAAUUCAUCAAUCACUCAAGAAGUUUGGGACAGUUGGAUGAGUAUGUGGAGUAAUGAAGAAUAUCAGAAGAAAUCUAACCAAAGCAAAAAAAAUAGGCGUCAAGGUGAAUUAGAGAAGCCUGCCCCCUCUACUCAUACUAGUGGGGCCAUAUCUCAUGCCAAAGUUGCUAGUGAAAUUGAAAAGAACUCCCAAACUACAGUGACAAGUUAUCAGGUUUUUGUGUAUACACAUACAAAGAAUCACGAUGGAGAGACUUUUAUAAAUGAUCAGGCUAAAGAAGUGAAUGAGGAAUUUGUUUCACGUCGUGAGGAGCUAAUUGAUAUUGGUGAGGAAGUGGAUGAUGAUGAGUUGUUCUAUGAUGUUGUUGGUGGACGUGACUCAAAGAAUAGAUUGUAUGGAGUUGGCUCAUAUGGUACACAAAAUAUUCCUAGUAAAGCUUCAGAGUAUUCUUCUGAAAUGGACACUUCAUCAUCACAAUCUACUAGUGCUGAAGUUAAUCAUUUGAAAGCUGAGGUGGAACGUUUGCAAAAAACUGUGGAACAACAGAAGAAAUUUCAACAACAAGCGGAACAAAAGCAACAGAAAACGGAUGAUGUCAUCCGUGCUUUACAAGAACAAAUUGAAACUUUAGUUCGUGAUAGAUAGAGUUCUUUUUAAGAUGAUAGUCGGUUUUAAUUAGUCAUUUGAUUAGUAGUAUUCUUAAAGACGUAUUCAUUAUUUGAGACAUUACUAUUGUUACUAGAA